CAUAGGACACAAGUUUUCCCCUCACAGCUGCGGUGGCGGCUCAGUGUGUGUCGGGGCUGCAGCAUGCGGGUGAUACACGCGGUGCCCCCUAUAUGAGCGCUGGAUCUAUCCUAUGGGAGGGUGACCCCACGGCUUGGGCAGGCUCAUGAAGCUGACAAGGGCGAGGGUGGUGGUUAAAGCCCAAGCUGGAUGGAUGGGUAUGGGGAGAGGGGCAGGACCCAAAGCCCUGGGACUCUUCAAAAUCCUCACCGUCUUCUUGUGCACAUUCCACACAGCCUUCAGCUCAUCCUGUAGAAUUUUGAAGUGCAACUCAGAAUUUUGGUCAACCACCUCAAACUCCCAUCAUCACACAGGCGUGGAGGAUUCGGUGGAGUUUUGCACAGCACUGCGAACCUAUGCUCAUUGCACGCGUCGUACUGCUCGCUUUUGCAGAGGAGAUUUGGCUUACCAUUCGGCUGUCCAUGGCAUCGAUGACCUCAUGAGUCAACACAACUGUUCCAAAGAUGGCCCCACUUCCCAGCCACGUGUUCGGACCCCACCACCAUGGGACAGCCAAGAAAGGUCUGACAGCCCUGAGAUUUGUCACUAUGAAAAAAAUUUUCACCGGCACUCAGCAACCCCUAACUACACCCAUUGUGGUCUCUUUGGGGACCCCCAUCUUAGGACGUUUACAGACACUUUUCAGACCUGCAAAAUACAAGGGGCCUGGCCUCUCAUAGACAAUAAUUACUUGAAUGUACAAGUCACCAACACUCCGGUACAUCCAGGAUCAACUGCAACAGCUACCAGCAAGAUUACAAUAAUCUUCAAGAACUUCCAGGAGUGUGUGGACCAGAAGGUUUACCAGGCUGAAAUGGACGAGCUUCCAGCCGCUUUUGUAGAUGGCUCUAAGAAUGGUGGAGACAAAAGUGGCGCAAACAGCUUGAAAAUUGUAGAAAAAGUGGCUGGGCAACACAUAGAAAUACAAGCCAAAUAUAUUGGUACCACAAUAGUGGUGCGACAAGUUGGUCGCUACCUAACUUUUGCAGUACGCAUGCCUGAGGAGGUGGUGAAUGCCGUGGAGGACAAAGAAAACCAAGGACUUUAUCUGUGUCUCCAAGGUUGUCCUCAGAACCAGCAAAUUGACUUUCGAACCUUCCACUCCCAAACCCCAGAGACUGGUUCUAGGAGACACGGGACUGGAUCCAGUGUAUCCUCAUUCACCCCUCAAAUGGCAGGAGCCAAAUGCAAAGAAAAGCUGCCCGUUGAGGACCUCUACUUUCAGUCCUGUGUCUUUGACCUCCUUACCACAGGGGAUGUGAAUUUCACUCUAGCUGCUUAUUAUGCCUUUGAGGAUGUGAAGUCAUUACACUCCAAUAAGGACAAACUCCAUUUGUAUGAAAGGACCAUGGACUUGGAGUCUGGAACUGCAGCUCCUAAAUCUGGCCUGGGGUUGACAAUAUUUCUCGUGGCUUUUGUGUGUUUGUUUCAAUGUUGCACAGUGUUGCUGUAAUGUUAUGUUUACUGUGUAAAUCUAACGCAAUGUAGUGGGGGCAGUUAAAGGGGUGCGAGCUCAAUUACCCAGGAUGCAUUUGUUUCUGUGAAAGCACAGUGUGUGACAUUGCUAUAAUGACAUAAUUUAUUUGAUCAUAUACAACAGUCACAGAAUUUGGGCUUGAGGAUUGCACAUCACUAAUAUGGUUUGUUCUAGUGAAACUUAGCCAUUCCUUAUCCAAAGCCUGCAAAGAAUGCAAAGGUCAUCAUAGUAAUGUAUCUUUCGGCAAGUAAGGUGUCUCACAUUGCUGUAGGACAGGUGUCUAAUCCUUUACAGAGGGCUGAAUUGAGACCUCUUUAACCUUUUUUUGUGCAUCUCUUUGACGCACGAUAAUUAUGGAGCACGAGUGUUGCCUGUCCAUCAAAUCUGCCGAGCUUAUGUGAACUGUACCUCAUCUAUAGAAGUCAUAGAGGGAAGAGAGAAGCUUCCUCUACCUGACUUGGUAUUUGCAGAUAUCAUGGUGGCUGUGAAAUGUAGUAUUUUGUGAACGUGGCUUUCGUGAUUCAUGAUUAGCUGUAACUGCAUGAUCAAUUUUCUUGGUGCUCACUAGUAUCAGAUGGUCUACCAACAAAGACCAAUAUUAAUGUGGACAUGUAGCAAUAAGCUUCUCCAAAUCCAAUAUAUAUGUGUGUGUAUAUGUAGCUGUGCUGCAUACAGCAAAACCUGGAUUUAAACAUGUCAAACCAAUACCAAAAAAAAACUAGGAAAUCGGGAUCUUGGCAAACCUGUGUUACCGUGAUGCAUUUUACUAUGUCAGAUCACACUGUUAAGGGAACACUUUUAUGAGUAUGUUGGUCAAGGUACAUGUUGCUUCCCUUUAGCUACAGAUGCAUUAAGAUAAGAACUGGUAGAAACUACAUGGCAGGUAAUUCAGACAGCCUUUAGGCUUGAAAUCGGAGCGCUUAUGUUACCAUGAUGCCGACUCUAUUGGCAAGUGAAACAGCAGCUUGUUCUAUUAUGGCUAUAAAUUCUAUGGGAGGGAUGCAUAGAAGAGCCUGGUCUUUCGACCAGUGAUCAUAGUACAAGCUGCUUACUUGGUAUGACACUGAUUACUGGAGCAGAUGUAUAGUGUAUAUAGACCUAUAGGAGUCAGAUGUAAAGCAAAAUAAUGCAACUUGUGUUGAAUAUAAUUUAUCUGGUCUGUAAUAUGUGGAACUUUUGUAGUUCUGUUGUUGUUUUUUGAAAUUGUGUCACUGUAAAUAGGAAGUACGUAAUGUGUUCCAGUGUAAUAGAUGUGGUAACUACUUUUCAUGCCAUUGAAUUAAAAUUUUGACCUAC